AUGGAAUCAAAUAUCGGUGAGAGUAACUUUAACAGCUCGAUCACACCAGAGGAUGCUGAUAUACAUCUCGCAGCUACUCCUCCGGAAGAGUCUGCCGGAAGGAGCGAGUUUGGUGCAGAAGAAGGGGAGGAGGGGGAAGAGAAUACACCACUAAUCAACAAACCAAAGACCAGUCACCCUGUGAAAUCUCACAGAAAUAUAGGUGACAGAACGGCGUCAUAUGGUGGGGUUGUCGGGCCUGGGGACGAUCGCAAUACUGGGGACUCUGAGGCUCAUGGGGGUGAUGAACCACGUUUCCAAACUCAUAAAGAUUACAGUAUCUUCCAACACAAUUGGAGGUGGACAAUGAAUGUAAUACUAUUCAUCAACACAUUGUUUUUGGUGUUUGUUUUCAUUUGCUAUUUCUUUUUGAACUUUGGGUUUGGGACGGGGAGAAACGAAUCCUUUGAUAAACUUCUGUUCAUUUCAGUGGCCCUAAUAGGAAACUGUUUCAAUCUGUGGUUCAACGACAUUUGGUUGAUUUCCUCUUGGGACUAUUUCAUGGACAUGGUUUUAACUGGUCUUCCCCUAACUAAUCUAGCCCUGUUCAUGCUCACAAGCUAUACGAGGACAAGACUCAACUUUAGCACGGUAAUGAUGUUUCUUUGGCUAGCACUUACUUUUGGCCUCAGCUUGUAUCAAUCUUACAAAUUACAAGAAUAUAUUAAGCAGCUUGCUCCUGAGACGGUACAGAACAAGCAUACGCUGAAAGAGUGGAUCAAAAUUGCCUUUAGAAAUGUUGUGAAGAUUCUUUGUUGUGGACUACUGUUUUUGAUGACUUUGAACUCCUUCCUUUUCAUGAUUGAUACCCACAAUGUUGCAAACUUCAAAGAUGAUGACUCCCAAUUUGUGUAUGCAGACUCGCAGCACUCUAAAACAUUACAUAUCAAAUGUAGUGGGUUAGAAAACCACGACAAGACAAAACCUAUUGUUUUGUAUGAACACGGCGGUGAAGAUACUUCGUAUCUUUCUGGCAGGUGGAUUCAAGAGUUGUACCAUUUGGGGAAGAUUGAAAGUUACUGUGUUUAUGAUAGAUUCGGUUAUGGACUUUCGGACUCGACGUCCGCUCCUUGGUCGUUGAAGGCAUCUGCUGAAGCCCUUCGGUACGCGUUAGUAGAUGAGAUGAAAUUGGAGGGUCCCUUUGUAGUUGUUGGAUACGACUAUGGUGGUCUGGUUGGCAGAGUAUUUGUUAGUCAAAAUAGAGACAUAUGCUCUGGACUCAUGCUAGUCGAAUCAUGGCACGAAGAACUUCUUCUAAAGAAGUACUUCAAGAGACUAUUUCCUGGAGACGGUGAUGAUAACGGACAUGAUGGCAACAAUGACGGGAACAGCGACGAUAAGGUUAGCUUCAGAGUUCCAGAAAGAGAAAUUCACAAAAGGAACGGAUUAAAAGUGUGGUGGAAUGGUCUGUGGUCUUCCAUUGGAUUGAAUUUACACUAUUCAUGGAUGGUGAGGCAUAGAGGUUCCAGGGACAGAAUACUUGGUAGAGAUAUGCAACAUCAGGGUAAGUUUUUGAGAACCAAGUUUUUAGAAGUGUUGACGAGCUCGCUGCUGAGUUAUAAGGAUAUUUUAGAAACAAAUCCAAAGUUAAGAAAUGUUAAAUUGAGUGUUGUCAGUUCAAAGGAAAUGGUGAGAAAGUCGUCCAUUUGGGGUGAUUGGCAAAGAAAGUUGACAAAACUGUCGGGCAACACGAAAGAAUGGAAAAUUGUUGAUGGAGAGCAUAAUUUCUAUCAAAACGGUGUUGGUAAAGAGUUGGCUCAGGACGUGCUGUUGCGUCUAUUGAACGAGUAG